GGAGAGGUAGAACUCAACUCACAGGCAGGACAGAGAGAGAGAGAGAGAUAACCAGUGAAGACCUCUGAAGUCUCCGAAGAAGUGAAGCUACAACGGAACAUUUCAGGAGACUAUCACCAUGGCGAAGUUGACCAUUCUUCUGCUUCUCAGCGCUGCCAUUGCACUGAGCGAAGCCUUAACUCUGGACGAAGCAAAUGCUAUGGUGGCAUCUGCAGCAAAUGAAAAUAGCCCAUGCCCCACAGACUGGUUCCAGUUUAAUUCACGCUGCUUCAUGUUUGUUGAGACUGCAAGGACAUGGCCUGAAGCAGAGCGCCACUGUAUGUUCCUUGAAGCAAACCUGGCGUCUGUGCACAGCUCUGAGGAGUCCGAAUUUCUACAGGCGGUGGUGUUGAUCAAGACUGGCGAUUUCCCUCUGACCUGGAUUGGAGGAUAUGAUGCUGUUCAGGCAAAUGUGGAAAAGGACAGGCUAUGGUUCUGGAGUGACRGAUCCAWAUUUGAUCACGAGAACUGGGCGMAARACGAGCCCAAUAACUAUCAGGGUGCCAGAGAGCCAUGUGUUCAGAUGAACUUUGGAGAAAAACAUGCCUGGAAUGAUGAAUUAUGUGGAAGGAGAUUUCCCUCUGUGUGCUCCAUAAGGACCUGUUCAAUCCAUGAAAAUAUCAACUGAAACCAACAAUUCUAUUGCGUAGUGUCAGCAUCCUAACUGAAAAAUCUUUAUGGUAAAAUCAAAUAGUUUAUGAAGAUUAUUUGUUGCUGUAAAAUGAAAGUUUAGUUACUUGUUGCAGACAGUUUAUGURGUUUGUUGUCAAUAAAACAGGUGUACAMAUUA